CUUUGAUCUUGGGCUGGCUGCACGCAUGCGCCUCUCAUUGGCUCCUCUGCACCGUCUGGAGUAAGUUGGAUGUGCGCUCUCCUCACUCGCAUCGCCAAACCACCUCAAAAACUGUUGCGAUGGGGAGGAUCAGGAAAAACCACUUUGGGAUUUUGACUUUUUCCUUAUUAGUGACUUUUGUCUGGACUCAAAGGUAAAACCUCGUCUUUACGUUGUCCUUGCAUGUCAUGUAGCCAGUGUGAAAGCGUGCUUGGCGUGUGAUAUCAAGAAGCUCUUAUGCGUUACACCACCUUUUUUUCCUUCCCCAGCGUCAAGGAUAUGAAAGAUCCAAGCAAUAUGCCUCUGGUAAAAGAAACAGUGGACAGACUGAUGAAAGGAUACGACAUUCGGUUGAGGCCAGAUUUCGGAGGUAACGAAGAAAAAUGACCCCCCAAAAAACGGGAAUGUGAUGUUUUCACGCCAUCCUGACGUGCAAUACAUGUUUAAUGAAUCGCAAAAUCUGCUUUAAUUUACAUAAUCAUCCCUUCACAGCCAAAUAGGCCUUUCUAAUUAGGCUCUGAGAAAUGAUGAGCAUAUUUCAGCUGAUGAGGAGAUGAGACAAGGCUUUUAACGUGAUCGAUACUGCUCAUCAAUGUUUGAUUGUCUCACUAAAAUCAUCAAAUCAGCUCUAUUUAAGACCAUGUGCGCGUGAAACAUGUAGGUCUUUUUUUUUUUUUUUUUUUUUGCUCAGGAUGAUGAUGCACGAGUCUCCUGUAGGUGGAGGAGAACGACCUGAGCGCGCGCGUCACGAAUUUGUUAAAUUUACAUGUUGGGGGGGAAUGAUACAUGUAUGUUGUAUUAACGCCUCGUUUUCUCCGCAGGUGCUCCGGUGGCUGUGGGAAUGAAUAUAGACAUAGCCAGCAUAGACAUGGUGUCUGAAGUCAACAUGGUAGGUUCAUCUUCAUCACUAUUACCCCGCUAUAUGUUGCCAAUUGUGCCUGGCACGGCUGGAAUGCCUCUGAAGUGGGCUACUUAUCACGGGUCAUUGUGUGUGAUCGUGUGUGUUUGUGAGAGAGAGCCAGGUUGACGCAAAAAAAGAAUUAUUAAAAAAAAAAAAAAACCUGAAGGCUCCCGUUCGUUCCCAAACACAUCAUCAUCGCCAUCCUCCUCUCAGUCUCCGCAUUUGCAGCUCUGGUUGGUUGGCGUGUUGCUGCUGCAUCUGAAUUCAAAACACACACUCACUGGCGCACUCGGACGCACAGUCCCGGCUGCGCGCGCGGAGGGCUGCAUGCAUGUGUGAGCGUGUGUGUGUGCGUGUGUGUGUGUGUGUGUACUCCUUCUGACUGCUUCACGUUGUCAAACCUCGAUAGUGUAAUUUUGUUGACACGCUACCCCCCCCUCCUCUCCAUGCAGAUGGAUAAGUUUACCAUCCUCCUCUCCAAACUGUCACCAUCCCUGUUUUAUAUCAUUUAUUUAUCUGUUUUUUUAUUAUUUUCAAGGCCUUUAAUUAGGCAUCCAGUACCACCAAGCCCCCCCCACCCCCAACCCACUUACACUUGUCAGAUGACGUAAGCAGUUUUGUUAAUAAUAAAUGUUUGGUCUUUCAGCAUUACAACAAAAAAAAAAGAAGCUUGAGAUUGAGAUUGGUGUUGAGAUUUGAUGGCUUGUGUGACUUCAAAGAGGACAGGGGAAAAGUUCAGCAGCCCAUGCAAGAGCACCACCUAUUGAUCCGUGGGUCAGACAGACAGAUUUAUAGACAGACAGGCAGAAAGUAGACCUCUUCUGUGUGCCAUAUCUGGUUCUCCUUAUGGUGUGAUUUUUGGGUGCAUUCAGACAAACGUUGAGCGCAGCCAUUGCAGAGAAUCUAGAGUGUGAGAAAAGAUCAUUUAUAACAUUGCCUCUCCAUGUAGCAACAUAAUAGAGUCUGUUAUAUAAGAGCCUGAAAACAAGUUUGCCAGUCGGAAAUGGAAGGAGAUGUGUUUUCUAUUAUUAAUUGAGCCAUUUUAAGUGGAUGUCAGGUUUGGGUAUGGCAGCCUGUCAAAUGUGUGUGGGUCAUUUGAAGCUUCACUCAAGAGUUUUCCAGCACAUCGGCACAGGAGCUGGUGUGAGUUUUUGCUCUGGAUAUGGAGCAGUGCUGAAUGGUCCGAGCGUUUCCUUUGAUGAGGAUGAUUUAUUUUGGUGGAGGAUGCAGCCAGAACGGAAGUGCCUUAGGGGUCCGGGGAGAUUUGAAAUAGAAACCCCUCUCUCCUUCACUCUUUUUCCUCUCCUUUUCUUCCUCUCCUUCUAUCCCUCCUCCAUCCUUCCCUCCCACCACUUUGACUGGAUCCCUGGCUGUGACUCUGGGCUCAGCAGCCAUGUAAUCCACCUCUGCCUUGCUCCAAAGGGUUAUCUUACUUAAGAACUAGGCAUCUAUGCAAGCAUUCAUCUGGAAAAAAACACUGCUUCGUACAUCGUACAUGUGUGUGCGUCUGUGUGUAACUCAACACAAAACUGUGCACAAACAGUGAAUGGCGGCUGACGUCAUGCACCUCCCUGUGGCUAUGAGCGAGCAUUCAUCUCGUUUAUUUCUCAGAAAAGCCAUAUCUGCACAGGCAAAUUUAGACAAAAAAGUCAAAGAAUAACCCCAAAGUCCUCCUUUGUGUGUUGUUUCCUUAUGAAAAAUGUGACAUCUAUAACAAAGUUGGAUUGUCCUCCUCUUCCUGCUUUCUUCAAGUCCAGCUGCCUGUGCUACAAUAGAGGACGAGAUUGAUCUGAGAGAGAUCAAUAAUAUCACCAUGCAGCGUGAUCACGAGGAUGGAGCUGGUGACCUGUGGAUGAGGGGCUGCUUUGAUCCCCCUCAUCAGGGGCAGUUGCUUUUAAGAUUAAAGUGCUGAGAGGCAAAAACAACAAGAGGGAGGAGAGGAUGUAGCUGGAAGAGAUAUGAGGUGAAGGUUACUCUGAUCAGUUUCCACGCCUCUCGUCUCAGGUGGAGGCCAGAAACUUCAGUGGACCUUUUUGUUCACACAAGAAAGCGUCAGCAUUGACCCCUCAAAUAAAUUCUACAUUUAUUUUUCUACAUAAGUGGCUCCAAAUGUGUAGAAAAGAUGUACUUUAAGCAUGAAACCUUCUUAAUUCCCUAUUUUUAAUGUCCUGUUCCCAAACUUCCAACUGAGAGGAAGAUUUACAUCCAAGAUGGCUGCUUGAUCCCAGAUAUCUGCUCCAUUUUACACAAAACUUCAACAGAUUUCUGCUGAAAAUGUCUAGAUUUUAGGAAACUGUCAGACAUCUACAAUAAUUUGAAUAAUUAGGGAGAUCAGGUCAUUAGGUUGAAUGAUGUUGUUGUGAAUUGGCCCAGUAAUGAAGGCUUCAGUGAGGAUUUGGGCGUUUAACUCAGACUGGUAUUCUUCAUGUGGAGAGUUUACAAAACAUAAAGUUGAGUGUAUAAGGAAAAUAAAAAGCUUUGUAGCCUGAAGAUAAAACGUAUAGGCGAAGCAGGAGCCCCACUUUUCUAUUUACAUUUAUUUACAGCAACCAAUUUUUCACAACUCAUCUAUUUCGAUUACAUUAAGAUCUAUGAAUAAUUGUACUCAAUUAGGGUGGUGGUGGCUUAUUUUAACUUACUUCAAGGUUUGUCAUAUGGGAAGACUUUGACCUCAACUUUACCCUUCAGUCGGUUUAUAGCUCAGAUCAAAGUUAGUUGGUGUCAGCCAUCAUUGGCCCUCAGGACACCUCCUCAAAAACCAACAGGGGGACAUCAUUGACAAGAGGUCUGUGAGUUACAUGGUUCAAAAUACAGCCUCAAGGAAAAAUUUAAAGAUUUUGUUUGUGUUAUAACUCUUAAAUCUGAAGAUGUAAUCAAACGUUCAUUUGUUUUUAGAUUAAGUCUAAAGAACAUUUAAAAAAAGGAAAGAAAAUGUCCUGUCACGAUGUGUAGAUUACUGAUGUCUUGUUUUCCCUGUAUAAAUGCCCCAACAAAAAAAUACAAACAGCCCAAAACUUUUAAAUUUCACUUUACUGGCAUUGAAAAGAAAAAUGAAGAAAAAUAUAAUAAGGAAAUGAAAAAAACAGGAAAACUAUAAAAGGAAAGGAGGAUUUCUGUGUUCGACAAAAUGACUAAAAUGUUCAAUCAGACUUGAAGAGAAGGAUGUGGAGAAAAAGUGCUGAGUCAGUUUCAUGCAGAUGAAAUUGGGGGAACCUUGAGGUGCUGGCUGAAGAUGAAAGAAGUGGGUAGAAAUUAAAACUCUCUUACAGCAAUAAGAAAACGUGUGUUAUUACAUACACUUUGUCUGAACAAGCACACUGUUUCAGAUUUUUUUUUACCCUCAUUCCAAAAUAAAAAAAACUGUUUAUUUGGAGUUGAUUUUGAGGGACUCUUCUGUGAGCAAUCAUUCAUAUGUAGGCUGUAUUUUGCACCUGUAGUGUUUAACCCAGAAGGUGAAUUGAGUAAUUUCCUGUCAGAAACGAGAGAAUUUGACUGGAUUAAAUGUCAGUGUUUGUGAGUGGCCUGCUGUCAUGACGGUGGGCAGGUUUUGGUUGCAGACAGCUGCUCGCUCCUCUAAUUAAAGACAGGACUGCCUCUGGUGGAGAAUGAACUCUGCGUUUUUGGUCCGGGCUGAUUGAAGUCAUUGUGGCAUUUUUCGUCUGCUAUGACAUGAAGGGCAUGAUGGUUGUUGAGACGGCGUUUUGGUCCAUCUUAGGAUGUGUACUUUUCAUUUCUCUGUAUAUGAUGCGCACAUGUUCUUGGCAUGUGUACGGCCAUGGAGCAGUCAUUUUUAUGUUUGUCUGUGUGCAUACUUGUGUGAUCCACAGCGAUGGCCUGUUGAGGCUCAAAGGUCAGCCGUGUUGUCAGGCAAUAAAAACGAACAGGUCAGUCAGCAGCAGCGUGGACGCUGCCUCCACUGCGUGACAUUACAAAUGUGCUAUUUUGAGAGGGAAGUGUCCUCCGAGUUUGAGGUGUGACCGCACAUCCUGGCUGGGUGGGCUCUGCCGACUCAUGGGGGUGUUAGUGCAAAAUAUGGCACAGAUAUGUUAUCAUGGUUGAGACCCCUCAACCCCCCUUUGCUUAGUUUAUCUCUGUCUGUUCAGCUCUCUCAUCUCCCUCCAUCACUUAUCGCUCUCUCUCAUAACAGCUGGAAAUACAUUUGCAUUUUUCUGUUUGUUUUUGCUGAAAUCACAGAUCCAGGAACCAAACUCUGGUUACGAUGCAUUGAAAAGUAUUGUGCACAAACAGCCAAUGCAGCUGAUUAAAUUCAAGUCAGCGAUGCAUCAGUGCUGCAUAAUAACACCCUCUGCAUACAUCCAUAUGUUGAGCUGCAAUAUGCACUUGGAGGCUGCAAUAAGGAGGGAGAUAAAUGAGUAUUUUCUCCCCUCAUCUCUGCUUGUUAAUUACAUGUAAAAUACCUGAGGUUGGUGGUUGUUAAGAGGCACUGCCUGUACUAUAAUACUGCUCUCUGAAUGUUAAUUAGCUGCCUGUGAAUUAAAAGAUUUAAACAAACCAGCUGUGGUGGCUUCUGGGAUGGAGGAAUUAGUGGGGCGUGAGCGUUCCCUUUAUUACGAUCAUUAUCCUGACAGGCGCUGGUUUUCUUUACAUGAGUAAGGGGAUCUGGCCGUCAAAGACAGAGUGGGGAGGGAGGAAGGGGGAGGGGGGGGGGGGGGGUUGGUGGAUGACCAGAGGGAACCCGAUGCAGGCCCCCUCAAUGUCCCCAUGUGUGAGAAACGCAGAGCUUCUUGUGUCUGUAAAUUAGCAACCAUUUUGAUCUUGUUUGUCCAAACGGAUCCUGUUCCAUUUUAUUUUCAGCUUGUGGAAAAUAAGCUUGUGUUAUUUUUACCCAGUGUUGCCAUGACAACGCAGCCUUUUUCCUUUUCUUUUUCUUUUUUUGGUGAAUCGAGGGAAGUCAAGGAAAAGCAAAUAAGGCCUCCUUUCUUUCUGGGGGCUUUGGCAUUAUUUAUAACUUAGGUGAAGGUUGAUCUGUGUUUGUCGACAAGUCAGUUUUUGUUGUUUCUGACAUUUGGCUAAUACAUCGGCUUUUGCUGAUGAUGCAAGGCAACCCCAACAUGAUGGUGGUUUCCCAGGGCUGCGACUAAUGAUUAUUUCACACAUGAAGCAUUGAUUUCUUUUUUUCCUUACCAAAGGAAACUAUUUAUUCCUAAUCACAGGUCUUCAUGGCCUCUUUUUGUGUUUUUCCAUCAUUUAAAUAAUAUUGCAAAUACAUUAACAUUUUUCUGUAGUUGAGAUAAAAGCUUCUUUCUUUUUAUUUUGUUCCACGCAGGUGGAUUCUUCUUCAUUUACUCUGCUGUGCUUUACAGAAAGUUGAAGACAAGAACGCGGGUUGUCCAGAACAAUGUAAUUAGUGAUAGUGAACGAUUAAAUUAGUGGGCACACAGAGUAACAGUUUACUACAGUCUGCAACAUAGGAACAACGCUUGAUCCUGCAGCUUUCUUACAUGCACGCUGAGCGCUCUGUUAAAUGUUUAGUUCAAUUAAACUAUGUCUAUUUGAGGAUAAAACAACAUCAGUCGAAAUUGGAUGCUGUCACAAGAACAAAUCCAACCUACUACUCAGCAAAACCUGUACAAAAAGGCUGCUCUGUAUGAGAUUUAUCUAUACAGUUCAUCUUGUGUCCUAUGCUUUAAUGGUUAUUCUAUUUAGAAUAACAAACAGUGGCUUUUGUUCAUUGAAUCUUGGUCGUUUUAUCAGACUUGCAGAAAUUUAAACUUAUUUCUUCUUUAAGUUUGUCUUUUUGCUUCUAACACCAAAUUUUGUGAUAUUUUCCACCAUGGUGAGCGCAGGAGGAAAGACGUUUUGUGUCUUUAAAUGGGCAGUAAGUUAUCAGGCUCCAUUAAAAGCCUUUAAUGUGCUGAUGACUCCCUAAAUGAUUCUGUCAGGCACUUUCUCCACUGGAGCUAAGUAGCUGAAAAAUGACCCAUUGCAAAGAGAGUCAUAAAGGCGUCCAUGUUGUCACUUCCCUCAGGAUGGGCAGGGUUGGCAACUCAUGCAGAUUGCACUAACUCUCCUAUGACCCCUAAUAUUUAAUUUGGAGCUGGUACUUAACCGGACACAAAGAGCACCACAGUGAACAAUCUCAGCAUGACCAGCCGAUGUGCCGCUCUAUUGUCCUCUUUGGUGCGUAAAUACAAACAGACACGGGGUGAAGACAUCUGCAGUCAUGCUUGCUGUUAUCCUAACAUGUAGUGGUUUCCUCAUAGCCAUGCACAGCAGACUUUGUUAUUAAGAGCAGACUCCUAUCUGUUUCUGCUGGGUCGCUCUGCAGCAGGGACACAGCAGAUGAAAGCGUUAGUAAUAUGGUGGACGUCUGUCAGCUGCUUUAGAGCUGCAGAGAAGAGAGAGAGAGACACAUUAAACAGCUUUCACACUCACAGUUCAUUGUUCAUGUGUUUUCAGCGUUUUGGGUUGAUGAAACUGGAUGUGACAGCACUGUAGGUGAGGAAAUGAUGAUAAAUGCUGUCUUCAAAUGAGGAUUUGUCUCUCAUGGGAUGGACCGACACAUCUGUAUCAUAUCAGCAUGAUGGCUGAAACUUGCCCUGAAGAAGGACAUUGGCCUGCCAACAAAUGAUUCAGCGUUAACGAAUAUUUAUUUCUUGUGUCAAAUCAAUCACUCAAAUACAUGUUUUAGGCUAUAAGUGUAUGUUUUUCCCCAUAGAAAGACAAAAAAUUGACUUUGUUUGAAAAAUCAGAAGUGAGGAAUAACAGCCCUUUUAUGUUUGUAAUUAUUCAAGAUAUAUUUUAGUUUGUUUUAUUUCACUGCUUUUCUAACAUUUCUGCACCUUGUUCACUUGUUAACUAGCAGUGUUUAGGUUUCUGAAAAGCUUUUUACUGGGCUGUGUGAGAAUCGAAAAUGGCUUCUUACUGAGUUUGUGAAUGCACAACAGGCCAAAAAGGCUUCUGAAGCAGCUAUCUAAAAACAAAACAAAAAAAAAAUGAUGUGAAAGAAGAUCAUAAUGAAGCACCAGAUUAGUGUAGCUGGGAAGCAGGGGCCCAGACAUAAACGCUUCAGUCCUAUAGUCACACUGACUGCUGGUUUGACUCCUGAUCUGGCUGCUUUUUGCAGGUCAUCCCUCACUCUUGUUCGACACAAUUCCUGUUUUUUCUACAGCUGUCCUCUCAAAUGACGACAAAAAGUUCACAAAUUACUCUUAAAAAGAAGAACAAUUGAAUUAGUGAUCACUCAACGGUAGUUUAAAGUAUUAUGUAGUAUUCUGCUGUUCCACAUCUACAACAAAAAAUGCAAAGUUACUAUAUUUGGUGUCCAUAGUUGUAUGCAAAUUUUUAUAUGGCUAGGUAAACGUAUGUUGUGAUAAUGCUUGAAAAUAGAUGUAAACUGCUUAAAAUGGUUCAUUGGGAAAUCACACGAGAUCUCAUCGAGGCUCUCUGAGAUUCACUAAACUAAUGAGGUCAUUGCAGUGGGCUCUUAAAGAGACAGCCGCUAUAACAGAGCGUUUCAGACAGAGGCCAAAGUAAUGGUAUUUUAAUACACCAGUGUGAGGAACAGGAGGCUUUUUUUUUGACCCAUAGAGGUAUCAGAAAGGAAGUAUAGAGUCUGAAAAAAAAAAGAUGCAUAAUUCCCCCUCUGGCCUGAAUGACUCUAAUAGUGUUCAUUAAUAUGUUUGUAGUGAAGCAGUUCCCUUUUCUGUCCCAGUGAAGGGAAUUAUGACAACAUAAAUUAAAAUACCCAUCAACAAUUAAUGGAAAAAAAAAGAUUAUAGGCUUAAUUUUUAUUCAUAAUAUCAGGUUUGGACUUGCCCUUUUCACUGUAGCAGAGUGGUAAUUCUUUUUCUUUACAUCCAUCAGGACACUAAAUGAAAGUGUCGAAACAAAUCUCUGUGCAUGCAGACAUUUUAAAGGUCCCGUAUCAUGUGAAUUGAUCAAGUUUAAAUCGGUCCCGGAGGUCCCACAAUCAUAAAUUUGAAGUUUGUUGUCUGAAACACCAGUUUAUUUGUGGAUAUCAGCCAGCCUGUACCCCCCUCUUUUUGAGCUCCGCUGAGAAAAGGCUGAUUCUGCACCUGCACCUUUAAAUGAUAAUGGGCUGUGUGUAAACAUCUUCCUCUCCAAGGCCACUCUGAGCUGCCAGCACCGUCCAGGAGCGGUGGUGUGGAGAUCUUCUGAGGACCUCUUCAGAGGACCUCCAGACCACAGUGGCUGGAAGCACCAAGGAACAGCCACUGCUCAUGGGAAUAAAAGUAAAUAGAAGCGAGUCUGAAGAUGAAUACCAACGAUGGAACACACGUGAUUGCAGCCAAAGCACUAGUCAUACGGGCGGCGGUAAAGCAACAUAAAAUAGUAAAACCAUUGACUGUAUAUACUCUGGACAACUUGGUUCCGCCUUUCGCCAGUAUACGGAUUUGAAGCCAAAAAGCUCUCAGUAAUUCCACGUUUUUUCUCCACUUCCUGAAACCAACACUGCGCAGUAGCAUUGUACGCAUUCGGUGGGAGAGUUGCUGAGAGUCACUGUGAUGACACUCGGCUCGAACAGUGUAUCCCACGGGUUGGGUGAGCUACGCAAUCUCCGUACGCCCAUAGGCUGUAUCAAGUGUCAAUCAUAGAAAUCAUCAACCUCCUAAUAACUUUAAAAAACAGAGCUGCACAGAAAAAAAAGAGGAUUUGAGCACAAACAGUCUUACAAUAACUACAUGUCAACAUCGCAAGCUGGGGGGGGAGAAAAAUUUAUAUUCUGUGUGAUAAAUUUCUGAAGUUUGUCCACAGCUCCAUAAGCUUUGCUGGUGGAGGCAGAAUUUAAGACCUAUACUGUAGCCCGUCACCAGGGGGUGCUGUUCUCGGAGUGGCUUCCCCCAGCGAGGAAGCAGAUGGCGUUCAUUCUAUACACAGUCUAUGAGUAAAACUUACACGUUUGAAGUUGGGUCCCUGACACGGACACUUGGUGUGGAUCCAGGUUUUAUCCUCAGCUCCUUAGUGAAUCCUGCUUUGAACAACCCCUCGUUGGUAAAACAGUCUGUGGUGAAAUGGUCAGCACACACAUGCAACAUUUUCAGAGUUGUUGCAGAUACAUUUCCAUCAAAAAUAAAAUUGAUCCACGGGGUUCUCAAAUCUUCCAACGAAGGAGGCAGAAAUAGACAGAAAUAGAAGGUGGGGCUUUUGCGGUUAUGCCGUCAUAACCGCACGACUUUUCCAUUCGCCCGAUUGUGCUCAUGUUUUCAGAAAAGAGGGGAAAGCAAGAGAGGGAGAGAAUGAAAUUUUCAUGUCGGGGGGAAGCAUAUUAUUGGUAGAAAACCACCCAAAAGUGGAUUUUUUAUAAUAGGGGACCUUUGAUAAAUAACAGUUCAAAUCAACAGUGCUUCAGCAUGCAUACAUGUUUAUUGUUCUGUGGAGGCCUGGAUGUAAAGGCCAGGAUUUUAAUAAUAGUGACAAGAAGAGUUAGUGUGUUUGUGGUCAGAAUCAUAAAAUCAUCCUGGCAAGAUGAUGACAUAGUAAAGAAAUAUUAGGUGUCUAACAUCAGCAACUUCUUUGCGUCCCCAUCCACUGACAGAGCAGGACGUUAUUGUCUAUUGGCAGCUCCCUCCGUGUGGCUGCUGACAGCUGAUGUAGUUGUAAUGGAGGUCGUGUUACAGCUGCAGCCUGUCAGAUUUUUUCAGGGAAACACAAAUGUGCUGCUUGUCACUGUGUCAGAUUGUUAAUGGAGGUUUGUUAAACAUAUCUGUGGUGAGACUCUGACACUGUGAAACCAGCUCUGACGGUUUUCUAAGUUAGCCCCUCCUCAUUUGGAUCUUCUCCAUGCUUAUGUAUUCAGUGCUGUCAUCAUGCUUUUUUUUUUUUUUUUUGCUUUUUUUAAUGUUGGUGCUCUCCACAAGAUGUCUCCCUCACUGACGCUCACUGGGCCGCCUGUGUGUAUGUGUGUGUGAGUGAGAUAUUAAUGGAGUUUCUGAGGAGUGCUUCUUGUGACAAGGAGACUGAAGGUCGCUUUGGAGACCAGCACUCCAGCACGGGAUGGUCUGUGUCAGUAUUGUGCUGAUUUUUUGUUGUUUUUUUGGAGGCAAAAUCCCCCUCACCUGCUCCUCAUUCUCCAUCUUGAGUGUGUGGAGGAAGAGACUCUCGAAAAAAAACACUAUAUGGCUUUUUUUCACGGCCAAGUUAUUUUUAGACCAUGAGACAGAUGAUGAAUGGAGACGUAAUCCUAAAUUUAUAAGAUUCUGCCUUUUGAAUGUGAAUGGAUAUAGAUAUUUUUUUGUUAGAUGCUUUGAUUAGAUGUGUGCACUGCAGUUUUUAGUUUGAGGGCGUCAUUAUUUUUACAAAAACUGUCCCUGAUAUUGUGGCAUAAAGGUUGUUAGGAAGAUUUUUAACUGAAUUUCCGUAUUUAUUGUUAAUGAAUUAUAAACAUGAACCCGCAGAUAUCACACAUUUACCUUUUUGCAUGAAAAAAAGAUGAAAUUCUUGCUUCAUAUCUCUGCACAGCAACAGAAUAGUGAAGCAUCUUUUAUCAUCUUAAAACAAAAUGUUCUCACGUGCAGAACAGCCGUUCAUGUUGCAAAUUUGACUCUGACUGUACGGUGAGAUAUAGAGGGGGCAGGCAGCUGUAUUUUGUGUCCCUCUCUGAGCUCAAGUGAUGUCCAAGCGAUGGUAAGCAGCACCAUCUGUGAGGCCAUAAUUAUGCUGCCAUUUCGCAGCACAGCCAGGAGGCAGCGUGCAGGUCCAGGUGUUCUCUGUGCAGAGGCCAUGCGCCGCUAUACUCCCAAACUAACAUUCAAAUAUACACGGCACACACAAAGACAUGAGAGCAGGAGCUUGAUCUAAGCUUGACUAACACAAGAGGAAAGGAGAGAAAAGAAACAUUAUUGCUUCCUUUUGAAAUCUUAUUGAGCUGCUCCGGUUUAAGGGUGCUGCACCUGUGUUCGCUGGUUUACUGUCAUGCUCUUAUGACUCUCCGUGACGCUUGAAUAAGCAGGGCAACCAUUUAUGUUAUUAGUCAGACAUGUGUUUUUCCUGUUUGGGCAAACAAAAUGUCUCCUGUGAAACAGUUAACUGCAUUCAUUUUACUCUUGGCUGUUUUAUCAGAAUGUGAAUUUACUUGUUUAUGUUUCUAUCUAACUUUAAAGCACUGAUGAAGUCCCACAAAGGCGAGAAAAACAAAGUAAUCAUCAUGGCUUGUGCGUGUUUGUCUGAGAAAAAUAUCGUAUUGCAAUGCUUCACAUUUUAUGGCUAUUAACAGAAUUUGGUGAUGAUUAAAUUCAAAGAUAAACAAACCACAAGUGUCCAGAAGUGAAAAAUGUCAAGUUUCUGAGGAUCAUGGAGUCGUUUUCUUUCUAAAACAUUGUUAUUCAGCACUUAUAACAUUUUCUGUCCUAAAAGAUGGACUCCUCCUCUGUACUCUUCUUUAUUUAGUGUCCUGAGGUGUUUCCGCACUGAAUGGAUUUUGGGAAUUCUUUUUGAGAUUCAUUUAUUUGAUGGUUGAUUGAAUGUUAUUCUUGUUGAGGACUCAGAUUGUACAACAUGUAACGCCCAUCAAGCCAGAACUUGUGAUAUAAGUAUUUGCCUCGACUGUUCAGUGAUUUUGGUCGUGAGCUUGAAGUAAAACUACUCAAAUGUGAGUCAAAUAAUUGAUCUGAAGGCUGAGAGUGAAUUAUCCACUAAACCUCGUCAAUAAUUCUGAUAACCAGCAACGUAAGUGCAAAACAUCCAAUCUUAUCAAGUGUUUUUGUCUAAAUUCUGCCCGGUUGUUUAUUCACCACAUUUUACGUACAUCCCAAUCAUUUGAAAAGUCCAGAAUUUAAAUCAAAACGAAUCAAAUUUUAUUUAUAUAGCGCCAAUUCACAACAGUCGUAAUCCCAAGACGCUUUCAAAAGAAAGAGAGCAGGUCUAGAACACGCUCAUUGUUUGAUGAAUUAUCAAGCUCCAACCUUAAGAUGGGACAGAUUUGACCCAUCUCAUUUAACAUGAGUAACAGUAGCGAGGAAAAACUUCAUUUUAACAGGUAGAAACCUUGAGCAGGACCAGACUCAUGCUAGACAGCCACCAAGCCGCUGCUGGGUUGGGGAGAAAUACAGAGAGAGAUAGGGGGAGAGAGGGAGAGAAUUUAGUGUGACUUAAACAUACUAUCAGCAUAAAUCAAUGUCUGAAUUGAUUGUAAGGAGAGAAAAAACACAGUCAGAGAGAAAAGUGCUCUCUAUAGGUGUCUGGAGUGAAGAGCAAACACUUCAUGAAAAAAUUUCAUAUAUAUUUGCUCAAACGACUCUGUCAAAGGCCUGCCUGUACUUAUCAGGUGUAUAGGACUUAUCUCUGAUGUAAUGUUAGAGGUUUUGCCGACAUUGGACUGUAAUUUUUGCUUUCCUAAUGUGAAGAUUUGCUGCUUUCAUCCCUCAGAGAUGACACUUUCUCAUCUGUUAAUAAUUAGGAGAAUUAUUCUGCAUUUGAUGAGUUAUUGAAUAUGUAUAAACUGGUAACUGGUAUUUCUCAGUUUUGUCAAUUGCUUAUAAAUAAGGUCAUGUUUAAAAUAAUAAUCAUGUUUUUGCAUGAAUGAAUGAAUGUGACAAUCAAAGUUAAAAAUGCGCUGUGACACACUCUUGAGUUUGUCAGAAUGUUAAAGGACAUUUGGCCCCAUUUCUACCAAAAUCAGUUCAGAGCAAAUAGAAACACACAAAGAGAGUGUUGGUUUGAGUCCCUGCCUCCAUGUUGUGGAAUAAUUUCUGCUCCAACACAAUCAUGUUGCUCAGAUUGUUACCACGGGGCUGUAGUUAAUAUAGUUAACUUCAGUUUUCUCAUUUAGUCAGAGAGAGAGACGGAUGCAGUAACUUCCCCUCAGACGAUUCCAGCUCCUCGUGUUCCUUCAUCAACUGAGCAAAUCAUGGUGCUAAAGAUGGAGACUUAUUGCAGGAGAAGCUGCCUCUGUGGUGAAGUAUGCCGAGCCUGCAGACGGCAGCUAACGAUCCCAAAGGUGAUAGAAACAUCCGAUCGACGGACUGAUAAUGAGACAGAGAGGGAGCAAGUGUGAGAGGAGGGUUCACUGGGAACUCUUGUAAAACAGGAUAAGGACGCGGCCGUCCUCGCUUGACUUUUCACUCCUGAAAAAAUCAACAUGGCAGCAGCUCAUGUAUUUUUAGAUGCCCUUUUUACGCAGCGCUUUGCUAGCGCACACACUGCAUGCACUGAAUGAUAAGACUUAGAUAGAGCAGGGGAUUGCUUUGCAGUGUCAUGAUGGAGAAAACGAAAGGCAGGGAAACAUAGAAACACGGUGAUAAAAGUAAUGAUGAUGGCUGCAUCGAGUAAAAGCUCAAGGGCCUCAUUUCACGGGCCGUAUUUUUUAAUUUGUUUUCCUACUCAUCGAUUGCACUGCAAUACACUGCAACAGAGCAGAUCCAACUGCAUUGCUGUGUUUUACUGAGCCUGUGUGGGUGUAAGUCUUUUUUAAGAGUGAGAAGCAGAGAAAAGAUGGAGAGAGGAGGAGAUACAGUUUACUGCUACAUGUCUGAGCAUGUGUAGAAAACAGAGUAAAACACAGUAUACAGUACUGUAUAGAAGUGAUGCUUUUAACCUCUCUUCAAUCUACGUGUUUUGGUCGCAUAUCACCCAGAAAAAGGAGCGGGAGCCAGCAGAGAAAGAGACAGGGAGGAAAUGUACUGGCUGUUUGCAGAGUGUCUUCGUCCAUUCGAGUGGAAGCAGAUAUUUUUAGCUUGAGACAAUACUCAGCCAGCUGAGAAAGUUCCCCCCUGGUUCAGUUCGAAAAUUUAGUGUGCAGAGUUGAAUAUUAUCCCCGCACCCCCAGCCGCCAUGUUCUCUCUUACAAGCUGUGGCCUUUCAUGACACUGAGGACCUUUUUGCUGACCUUCUCGUUGUGCUGAGUCCAUACAUUGUGCCGUGGCACUUCUAAAGCAUCAUUUUCAGAUGACACUAUACUUAUGCUGGACAUGAUUCCCCUGAGAAGAAAAGGACUCCCACUCUUGUGAUACCAGUUGAAGGGUUUAGUCACAGAGUCAAGCUUUGUUGUCCAAAGUCAAAAGACCUCCAAAUGGGCCUAUAACUAUUUCUUUAAAUUUUUGAGCUUGAAAAUAUACUUGAUAACAGUUUUCAUCAUGCUGUUUGGAGAACUGACUGUAUAGAGAGGGACAAUGUUCCUCCAUCUCUUCUUAUUGCCUUAUCUCUUCUUAUAAGAGAAGUUAUUUUGGAGCCAAUGCAAUGUUCAGUGACUUCUCUUGUGUUGAUGUGACUUACACUCCCUCUUGCUGUUCCUCCUCAAGUCUGCUAAUUUGGAAAAGCAGGAGCCUGUAUUUGGUUGAGGUUACAGCCCCUCUUGUUUUACAAAAGUAUCUUUUGGGUGAUUUUUGCCUUUUAUUGAUAGGACUGGGUGAACUGUGGAGAAAUAGAGAGAGAAGGGGGGGGGGACGACAUGCAGCGCAUGGUCAGGGCCAGACUCAAACCCAUGACCACUGCGGGGACAAUGGUCCCCAUACGUGGGGCAUGCUAACCCGCUCGGCCAUUUGCGUGCCCCCUCAGCCUUUUUUUUUUUUUUUUUUUUUUGCAUGAAAUGUGUCAUUAUGAAUACUUUUCUCAGGAUAAGAAGUUAAAGCCUUGGCAGAAAUUGUUUAUGUGCAAAAAACAAACAAACAAAAAAAAAACAUGUACAAGAGAUGUCACAAGAUACCAGUUUUGACAAUAACUGUCCUUUUAAAAAUAUAGAAUAUUGAUAUUGUGCUAAAAAUGAGCACAGGGUAACACCGGGAGUUCAAAGUGGUGUUCCUUCACGUUGAUGGCACAGGUUACAGAAUGGAGGACAGGAAAAGGAGAAAGAUCAUACAUUAAGCAAGUUAGCUGUAGCAGCUGUCUGAGAGAUGAUUUGGCAUUUUUUAAAACUGAGGCUCAAAACUGACAGUCAAUCCUGAAAAUUUUUUUUAUAAUAUUCCGUGAACUGCUUCAUUUAUUUGAGUAACCUCCCAGAUCUCCCAGAGGUUGUAAACUUUAAAAUAAAAGUAGUUUGACAAAGCAAGAAAUUAAGCAACUCAAACACAAGCCGGAACAAUUAUUAAAAUGAAAACAUAAUAAACGUUUUCCCAUAAGGCUUUGAUCACAUGGCUGUUGAUGUAGAUAAUAAAUCAGGAAUAUUUUAUGAAACAGAGAAUGACAUCAUUUAUGAGUGAAGUUCAUGAAAUUAUGAGUUGCUCCACCCUUGUCUUCCCUUCCUCAUUUUGACAGAUUUUGUUGUUAUAUUUUCAAGUUUUACAUAAAUAUCACAAUAAUGACAUCAUUGUGAUAUUUUAUGGUCACAGUAAUCGUGUGGUGGAAAUCUGAUGAUGUGACAGCCUCCAUGUGCACUUGCAUUUUCUACUGUGAACCAUGUUGCAGCUCUUAUCAUGGAGAUUUAGUAGAUUUCUGACCUAAACUGCAGCCAGUCAGAGAGUUUGUGUGUAGCUAACUGAGCUUGGUUGUGCUGUCCAUCUUAUACAGCCCAUGGUUUUAGACCCCUACUUAUUUGGAGGCCACUGGUGAACAUUAUUAUGAGACCCUUCCCCAUUUUGCUUCACACAAUCAUAGCUGAAAAAUUAAGCUAUUUUGAGACAUCAUGUUGCACUGACCACAUCCACAAAACAGCAGGAACAAAGUGAUUUUAUGUAUGUUGAAUUAAAUGUUUGACUAAAUAUUAAGUUGGAAUUUUAGAGGUGGUGAUUUUGGCUCAUUUAUUAGUCAAUUAACAACAAAAAAAGAGAUUUUAAAUGUAAAUGUCAUGAGUCGUUUUUUUUCUCUCUUCUAAAAUCAGAGUAACUCAAAAGCGUUGCUAUGUUAUGUUAUUUAAGUCAACACGAUUGACUCAAUGAUUGACACACUGCAUUAGCUCAACUGAAUGUCACCUCUCACUCUCUACAGGACUACACCCUGACCAUGUACUUCCAGCAGGCGUGGCGAGACAAACGUCUGUCCUAUUCUGAGAUCGCCUACAACCUGACUCUGGAUAACCGGGUGGCAGACCAGCUGUGGGUCCCUGACACCUACUUCCUCAAUGACAAGAAGUCCUUCGUUCAUGGCGUCACAGUCAAGAACAGGAUGAUCCGUCUGCACCCUGAUGGCACGGUGCUUUAUGGACUCAGGUAAGACUUUAACAAAUGCUCAUUCUGUCAAUGUUUGACUGCUAUUGCAUAGAUUAGGAUAAUGUGAUUCGAACAGAGUAAUUAAGUGUAAUCUUUACAACAUGGGAGUACUUUUUUUAAUCAUUUUUUACUAGUCCGUAAUACACUACUUUAAUCACUGGAUUUACGCAUAUAAUUUUAGAAGGCAGCACUAUCACCUCAAAUACUUCAUGUUGGAUUCCAAACUUGACAUUUAUAUGACAAUAUAACAAAUCACAACAAUCACUAUUAGUAGGGUGACCAUAUUCUGACUUCCCAAAAAGAGGACAUGACGCAGGGGCGGAGUCACAGAGUUGCACAAAGUUAAUUUUGAGUUUUUCAGGUCGGAUCGAGUGUCAUUAAUACUUCUAACUCAGUAAGUCCACAUGACACAAAAUCAAAACUCUCAUGCAAAAUCACGGACAUUUGAAGGAUUUUAUAAACUUUCCCGGAAAAUCUGGACAAGUCCCCAAAGAAGAGGACAUGUCCAGGUAAAAGAGGACAUAUGGUCACCUUAACUAUUAGUUAUGCUGACUGUGAUUGGAUCCACGUGGCUGGUGUCUGUAUUCAUCCAUGAGUGGACAAUGCCUCUAGUGUUCAGCGCAUGAAAAUGCACCUCUUAACAGAGAAACGGAAGUCGUAGGAACUUCCUGUAGUCAUGAAGGAGAGGACACCUUUGUCUGAGAAUUAAUAAGUCUGAUGGUUAUUCACAUCUAAGUUACACAGUUUGACUUUACAUAAUGUAGAAUCAUAUCGUUGCAGAAUACAAUGUUGGCAUGACGAUCAACACUGUGCUAGCUUAACUAACAGACUCUUUCCUUCAGUUCAGCUGCCUCUGUCCCACAGUCUCUUUGAAAUCUGCCACAGAUUCAAUGUCACAAAGGGAUGGAGUUUUUUGGGUACAUCUGAUAUCUUGAGUGGAAAUGUGGAUCAAGGGAUAGUUUUUGAUGCUUAGUUUGCUUUUUGGGUUGAUAGGACCACAUCAAGUUAGAAAACAAAAGCAAAAUUAGAUUGAAUUAAACAGUCGAGUAAUUUUCUGAAGUACUUUUCAGUCCAUGUGAGUAAACAGCAGAAGAUGAAAUAAAGGUCCUGUUGGAAGCUUUCUGUUUGUGCUGAUUUUGGUGCCCCCCUGUGGACGAUGUCAACAAUUUACUGAUCUUUUCCGAUGCAUGUGCAGUUUGUGCUCGGAAAUGAAAUGUCUCAUCCUGCUGUGUUUCAAGACAAACAUUUCACUCCGAAUACAUGCCGUGUAAAAAGCCAAAGAACGUGAUACUGUAAAUCACUUCACCUGACAUCUGCCUCCUCACUGUGGGUACAGGCAUUCAAAAAUACAGCACAGAAGUUGUACAUUUUUUCUCAAUGGUCUUGUUUGCUUUUGUCGGGUGUAAAGACGCCUUACUCUUAAUUUCAGUCCAUUUUAUAAUCAGUUCAAAUCUUUUCACAGGAGCUUUAAAAACAUGCUGUUUAAACAUAUAAAGUAAUUAGACACUAGGCCGUUUCACAGAUCUUCUCCAAAGUUUAUUAUUUUGAAAAACCAAAGAAAUUAUUCUUUUUGGGUUCACUACCUUUCUAAUUCUUUCUCAUUUGAUCAUCAAUGCAUCAAAUCUCGGCUCUUUUGGUGAACAUGUUAAGCUUCUCAAACUGGUUGCAACAAAUCAGACUGAACCUUCAACAUCUGGUUACAGAUGCGGAGGGGUUUACGUUUUAAUGGUCCUUUAAAUCCCCUAAAGAUCAUCAUUAAUGGAUCAGUUGAGCUUGAUAAUGAAGCAGGGCAGCACGAACAGCCAAACUGAGUCUGAUUGUGCUGGACGGUUCAAGCCGUCUGUAGGGUGUUUCUUUGUGAUGUUGGGCUGUGAUGCCUUUGAGGAAGACUGUCAUCCAUAAUUGAAACCUGAUAAUCAAUAAUGUAGCAGUUCAAUACAAACACUGAGUCUAUAUUUGUUCUGUGCGGCCUGUUUGACUACACAGGCCGGCAGAGUUUGUCCAUCAGUGUCCUCCUCUGAUCCGUCACCUCGUCCUUCUCUCGUUUGUGUGAAGGAAAAGGAUCCCAGAUUAACAUGUGUUUUAAAAAUGAGAUUAUGAGAUUAUUGCUAAUUCAAGAUGUUGCUGCAUUCACUCAUUCUCCCUCUAUACUCACAUGCCCUUCUUGUGCAAAGACUGCUUAAAAAAUUUAAGUAUCUGCACUGCACCAGAUUAUUCAUUGCUACAUCUUGUUUCAACAGUCCAGAAAUAUAAUUUCAAAUGCUCUGACUCAUUUAUAUAAACCUUACACAUGUUUUGCAUAACUGACAAAACAGAGAUGCAGGCCAGGAGAGGAUUGUUGUAAAUUUUAGGUUGUGCGUGCAGCGGUGGGAUGCGUUUGUUACCUCUGAAAAGUCGUCCUUGUCAGAGUCGCUGCCCUUCGGCUCCUCUGUUAUUUGGUUUGUGGGUUUGGUUCAGGUUUUUAUUUGAUGCUAGCAAGUCCAGACACAAGCUUCUGUCAGAGUCAGCGUGGCCAGAUGCCUGUGUGCUGUGAGCACGCUGACACAUACCUGUAGAGACGGGCCGGCUGGUUGCAACAGCAGGGCAGCAGUGGAGAAGCUAAGUGAGAGGAGAAUCAUCGUCGUCAACAGGAGAACGGGUUUGAUUUGAACACACAACCUGCCAGCGUGUGACUGUUAUCAGUUUGACUGUGAGUUUGUUUUAUUCUUCAUCAGCAGAGUUUUGGUCUGCAGGGAUGGAAGAAGAAUUCUGAUUUUUAAGUUUAUUAAAAAUUCUCAACGCCACCCGAGAAAAAAAAAAAAAACUUCGUAUAGCAACAAAUUCAACAAAUGGAUCAUCAAGACCACGAUCCUGAAAAAAAAAGACCUCUCGAGUUUUAAUAUGAGAGUUUUUAGUAAUUUGCUUGAUGUGGAGCAGAUACGCUCACGUUAUGUAUCACCAUGCAUCUAUAAAAACACAUCACAUAUUAUAAAUAAUGAGUUUUACAUUUGACAUUUUUUUCUUAAACCAAAAACAGAAAUGUUGCUUUCAGUUUAAGGUGGCCCAACAAGGUAACCCUUUAGACUGCAAAAUCUUAAAUCUCAGCAAGUGAGUUUAUCGUAUUUGGUCAAAAUAUCUGAUUACAUGUAGUCAUAUUCACCCAACAAGUAUAUGAUACAUUAACCUUCAAGCACAAAUAAUCCCUGACUUACUUGUAAUGGGUAAAGAAUUGUACUGAUAAGUUUCUGGAGUGAAGAUCGAACUGUUUUUUAUCGAACUGUUUUUUUAAAGAAACUGUUCAAAAAACUAUUUUCUCUCUGUUUUUGGCAAUUUUUUCACUUAUCACAAGCAACUCAGGUCCUAAAUCUGGCUUGUAAAAUCUUAAAAGAAGAUUCAUCUUUGACUCGCCAGGUGAAAAUAUUUUAUAGAAAGUCUUCUGAGAUAUUUUGACUAGAAAUACCCAAGGUUUCAGUUUUUACUGUGUAAAACACAAAAUAGCUAAAAGCAAACACUACAGAUAAAGAGACUACUUUAAAUUCAAACAUUUGGGAUAAGUUUGUUUAUCAUCUUAGCUUAGCAUCUUUUUCUGUGCAAGGUUCCAAAAUAAAACUUAAAUGCAUAUAUUUUUAACCUUAAGAAUAAAAAAAAAAACACUUGUUAAAUUCAGAAAAUUCCUCAUUAAAGGGACCACAACUCCUGCUUUUACAGCUAUUUAAUUUUCUCUUAGAAAGAGAUUUAUCAAAAUGGGAAAAAGUUACAUUGAAGAUGUCACAUGUCAUCAAGCUUGAAGAGAGCAUGGUGAAAGUCUGUUUCAAGAUAGGGGGCUUGUGGUUUGACAACGUGGGCUCUAAAAAAAUAAAAAUAAAAAAUCCAAGUGUAUCGUGGGAAAUGUAGGCGCUACUGUUUUAGGAUCUUUGUCAAUACCUUGUCUUUUCUUGCUUUAGAUUUGUCAUUGUCUUAAAGGAAUAUACUGUUGACUUUGCUGUGAAGGGAUACUUUUAAGUACUUUAACCAAAGCGUUAACCAUUACAUGCAUGCCAAUCAAAAAAACAAAAAAGAAAAAAUAAUGUGCUUAAUCCAGUGUGCAAUAACAUUUAUUCUACAAACAUUUACAUGUAAACCUAAUAUAACAACAUGCAACAUUUAUUGUAUUUUUGAGGAAUUGAAAAAGUAUGAUUUUGUUGCUUGUAAGCUGUUCUUUUAACAUCCCAAACUAGUGAAAGUAUCAGAGCAUAGGGCUGAUUUUGUCUUUUAAUUCCUUGCAUAAUUAAGUAAACACAGUACUGGCCUCAGAGGUGAACAUGGAUUUGAGCUCAGAUAACUGAAUUUAGCUCACGCCAUACCUGGGGAAAACUAAUAGAUGAGAGUGUUGUUUGGUUUGUAGGAGGCAUUGGGUGUUAAUGUGUGUGAGAUCUGUGUAUAGGUGGGUGUGCAUGAGUGGGCGAGUGUUAUUUUAGGGGGUGCAUUUAGAGGAGGAGGAGGAAGGGUGAGGGUGUUGUUUACUCCUUAUUCCCCAGAUACACAGUGCAUCCCAAUCCUGCCAAAUCCUGCUCUUCAAUUACCAGGAGAAGCAGAGAAAAAAAUGUAACAGGCCCAAACUGUCACUUUAGAGCUGGGUUUGACUCUCAGGUGGGUGGAGCAGUCUGAUAUAAUUACCCACACCUGGAAAAUGCUCAGCCAGUAACACAAAUACAACCCAGGCUGUGAGGAAUAAGACGAAAACAGACAGAAAAAAAACCCCACAAACUCCUAUUCAGCUUUCAUUUUAUGCGGGAAAAGGAGGAAAGAUUCUGUGCAUGACUUCUGAUGCAUGUCCCUCAAAAUGCACAGAGAGAAAAAGAGAGGAAGAGACAUGAAGGUCAGACUUCAUUCAAAAUGGAGAAAUUGUUAGGGUUCUCCCUCCCCCUCCCUCUUCUCUCUCUCUCCUCCUCCUCCUCCUCUCUCUCACACUCUCUCUGUGAAUAUUGUAACUCCUUUUGUGAGAGGACAUAUCCUUGUGCUAUGGAGACUGACAUCCUCUUUUGUCAGGGCGAGGAGUGUUCCACUCUGCUGCUCAAUAGAUGACAUGGCAUGGCCAGGAGGAGAGAGCUGCUGAGUGGAGCAAGAGAGGGAUUCAAAUCAGCCUUUUUCUCCUGUCAAUACCAUCAAUACGGGCUUUAAGUUGUCCAUCUUUCUCUUUUUAACUCCUGAUCAAACGUAGAGGCAUGUGUGUUGCAUGUGCUCAGAUGUGCCUCUCCUGUGAUUCAACAUGCGCUUGAACACACUGGACUCUUUUUGUUGCCUCUGCAGACAUUUUAUUUUCAAAUUUGGCAACAGUGCGUGAGCAGGGAGAGACAAUUCUGCGUGCCAUGUUUCCUCAGCUCAACGCGGGCUCUCUAUCCAAAAUGGAGGAAGCUUCUCCAUCUUAAUUUCACUCCCAACUCCACUGCAGUGUCCACGUAUGUGUGUAGUAAUAAUGUGAGUGUAAUUAAAGGAUGAACCAGGUCGUAACUUGUUUGUAAAAGGAAUCUCUGUCUGCGUGAGACUCUGUUGUGAUGCUCCCUCGAAAUGAGAUUCUGUCUGGGAAUUUGUGGUGGUUGUGUUAUGUCCGUAAACAAGGUCAUUUGGAAUAAAGGUGCACAGGCUGCCUUAAGGGGGGGAUACACACAAACACACACACAUACACACAAAGCGGGCUGAACUGUGAGGGAACAUGCACAUAAAAAAACUGCCUUUUUUAGAGCUCCAUGUCCUGUUUAGCUCCGACACAGAGCAAAUGUAGCGUGUUUGAAUCUGCGUGAUCUGUUCAAGCGCGGCCUCUCCCCCGGCAGGUUGGGCAUGAGGGAGAGGGACUGGCCCUGAUGUUGAUGAAAGGCAAACAAGCCUGUGUGUGCUUCACGAUCACUGCUGCUGCUGCUGCUGCUGCUGCUGUUGCUGCUGCUGCUGCAGACUCUCGCUGCAGCGGAGAUGACGAAGAAGAGGAGGAGGAAGAGGAGGAGGAGGAGGAGAGAAAGAGAUGGGGAGGGAAUCCUGCAGAGAAAUCCUCAUCUAUCUCUCCUCCUCCUCCUCCUUCUCCUCCUCCUCCUCCUUGGUUAUUAGCUGUGUGUAUUAAUUGUUAGCGUGGGUAUUGGACAUGCUAGCUGGGCCAGAGGAUGCAGAAUUAGCUCCUGAUCAGUGAUGCAGAGUCUCAGACAAAAAAGCUCUGAGACUUCUGCUGAUGAUGUAGGUGGGCUAUAAAUAGACCGUUAUUUUUACCCCUGCCAUUUUGGCCUCAUUUCCGCUUUUCCCUUGCGCUUCCUCUGCCACCGCUGCGAUUUAGUGGUGCUGAUGGUGAUGAUGGUGAGUGAUGGGCGAGUGGCUGGUGAACAGAAACAUCCAAGUAAGUUGUGGCCAUAAAAGCGGUAAACUAGGACAGAAAUAAGACUCCUGUGUUAAUCCCCCAGUGCACCAUGGCCCUGCUAACUGGCUCUUAUAUAAGAGCCCAGAGAGCAUGAAAAAGGAGGCAGCAAGAGAGACACACAGUGAGGCUGAGAGAGAGAGAGAGAGAAAGAAAGACAGAGCAUCUCUACUGCUCAAAAAAUGAAAUCCUAAACUUGCCAAGCUGGGCCCAGGGGAGCUGCAAGUCUUAUGUAGAAGGAUUUCAAAUAAACUUUGCCUCUUAAUUAUUAAAGACAAAGCACUCUUCAAGAUAAGUUUGUAGUGAGGAUGAAGUUAAGAGAGAAAAGACAUUGUCAUUUAGUUUUCACAGCUACAGUUUGUUCUCAUUUGAUCAGAAGAGUUUUGUCACAUUCGGCUCAAAAACUUUGCAGGAAGUUCCUCAAACACUUUUCAUUCAGAGUGUAAGAAAUCAAUGGUUUUAUUUCAGUUAAAACAUUUCAAUACAAGCUUUGACUCACAGAGCAACUUCUGGAAUUUUCAUAAUCUAUUUUCAUGUUUAUUAGACAAAAUAAAUCUAGCUAUUGUUAAUUGUCAUUUUGUGUAAUGAUUACAGCCGUCCCUUCAGUAUCUUGAAGUUAAAAGGCUUUGUGUUUUUCUGUGUGUGAAAGAAACAACAAUCAAAGUUUAUGAUUUUGCAGCAAUUUUAUCAAACUUGCUGUUUAUGUUUCUUAACCAAAAAAGGGGCGAUAUUGUGAUAUUCAUUUUUAUAUUUUUAUUUACUUCACAGUGUUUCAUGUAUAAUAUCCUCACCUCCUACGCACACACACAACAGCCCAAAUUUUUAUAAUGCUGCUUUCUGUGCAUACACCCCAGACACACCUCAAAUAAGUGCUGCCUGUUGUUCUAAAACAACAGUUGAGUUACGGUCUUGUCUCCCAGCCAAUAAUUUCAAUUCUUCUAUUUUCCAAAGCUUUACCAUGGGAGUGUGUAUACAUAUAAAAACCUUGUAACCUUGGAUCAUUACAGAGCUCUGACUCUUCCUUAUGGGAGUCUUUAACUCCGACUGGCUCCCAUAUGACUCGAACGCUUAGUGUCAGCACCUUUGUCACCUAAAUAAAAAAAAAGGAGAUACCAGAUUAUUACCAAAAAAAAAAUCAGCAAUUUUUUUGUAUAGAAAUGACUUUGAAUGUUUUUGGAGAUUUCUGCAAAGAAAUUUCAGUAACUCUUUACUUGACACCUAUCUGUAAAAUGCAUUAUAUAUAUUUAUAUAGCACUCAACUCAACUCAAACUUUAUUUAUAGAGCACUUUAAAAACAACCGAAGCUGACCAAAGUGCUGUACAGGUCAAUAAGACACAGCGAAAUACAUAAAACAGAGAGUAAACAAUACGAUCAAAAACACAGAAUACAAGAUUGAAAUACAGCAAAGUAAAAUUGAGGUACAAAUACACCAUAAAUAAAAACAAAUAUAAAAUACGUAGGUAGCUAAAAAACAAAUAUAAAAUAUAAAAUUCCAAUCAAGAGCUUGGUAAAAGCUAGGGAGAAAAAGUGUGUUUUUAAAGAGGAUUUAAAAACCUCUAUCGACUCGGCUGAACGGAUGUGGUGAGGCAGGCUGUUCCAGAGCCUUGGAGCGGCCCCCCCAAAGGCUCGGUCACCUUUACUCUUUAGGCGAGUCUUCGGGACGACCAAUAGCCGCUGAUUGGCAGAUCUCAGUGCUCUAGUGGGGGCAUGAAUGUGUAAGAGCUCGGACAAAUACCCAGGGGCCAGUCCAUUAAGAGCUUUAAAAACAAACAAUAAUAUCUUAAAAUUUAUUCGAAAAGAGACUGGGAGCCAGUGGAGAGAAGCAAGCACAGGGGUUAUAUGUUCUCUUUUACGUUUCCCAGUAAGGAGGCGGGCAGCUGCAUUUUGCAUCAGCUGAAGCUGAUGGAGCAGAUUUUGAUCCAAGCCAACAUACAGGGAGUUGCAGUAAUCUAAUCUUGAAUUGAUAAAAACAUGUAUAACAGUCUCUUUGAGAGAGGUAACCCUUUACCUUAGACAGAGUUCUCAGUUGAUAAAAGCUAUUUUUGACCACAGAGUUGACUUGCUUGUCGAGUUUAAAAUUACUGUCAAAGGUCACGCCGAGAUUCUUUACCGAUGCACGGACAUUCAGUGUGAGAGGGCCCAGAUAAUUGGCUGGGAGGUCAGAUGGGUUACAGCCAAAUAAUAUAGCCUCCGUUUUGGUUUCAUUCAAAUGUAGGAAGUUUUCCGCCAACCAAGAUUUAACUUCUGAAAAACAGUCCAGCAGCACUGUAUAACUAUAGUUAUAAACACUCUUAAAUGAUAGUAAUGCUUUAUAAAAUAAUCAUAACACAUUAUAAAGCAUUUUAUCAUGACUUACAAGGUCAGGUAUUAUAAUGUGUUAUAACUGUUAACAACUCACUGACAAUGCCCACAUAGAUAAUGCAAUGCACCUGUUUUUAACAGUAAUUUAACAGUUAUCAACAUGAUUAUAACACAUUUUACAUACAUUUAUAAUGCUUUAUACAGAUAGGCGUCAAGUAAAGUGUUACCAAAGUUUCUCUAUGUCUGCAUUUCUGUAUCUUAAAAAUUAGACCUCUUCUCAACAAAAUUACUGUGAAAAUCUUUUUAAAUUUGUGUUUCCUUUUUUAAAAGUGAGUUUAGUUUCAAUGUUUCUCAGCUCUUCAGGUCUUGAGGCCCUAACUAUUCCUGAUAGUAAGGAGUCAUGUUGAGGAAAAAGUCCAGUUCACAUCACAGCAGUCACCAAACCUGUUGUUCUCCCACAGGUUAUCGUUAUGGUCACAUGAUGCUAUCAUUGUUUUUUAAGUAAAACCUUUCUCUUACCAGUCCGGGAUUCAACAUUUGGUUCCUCUCGAUAAAUAGUGUGUCCAGUCCCUCUCAGACAGCCUCAGGGGUUUUGGCACUGAUGGGUGCCAGCCCGUCUUGGCGCUGGCCAACUUGUCGUGUGUGAAACAGGAAGUACGUCUCUCUGAGUGAACCUGUCGGUUGUGGCUGGCUCACACUUUAGGCUCUUUAUUGAACGAUUGUGUGACCAGAGGUUGAACCUUGUUCUUGUUUUACCUUCUUCUGGUACAAAAAUAACCCUUGGACUGUGUCCACAUUAAAUACAAUGAUUAUUUUAACAGCACACAGAUCGCACUAUUAGACCUGUUAUACUUUUAUUUACAAGAAUUGACGAUACACUAGGAGUUAAAACUGUGCAAAUGACAGAUGUAAACAGAUGCAAAUGAGUGGGAUGUGUAGAAGAGUCUCAUUUACCUGCUGUUGAUGUACAUUUAUUACACAAUAAAAAAAGAGAGAUUGUUAAUGUUUAUUUUGUAAAAUUAUUAUUAUUAUUUCACUUUUUCCAUUAUGAAUGUUUGCACCAGGUAUACGAUCAAAGCAGCUUGAAACUCCUGUUUUUAACUCGUUAUGGAAUCAACUGAAAUUAAUAUUGAUACCUAUAAAAGCAAACAAGACUAUUAUUGCUGCCUCAGGGUAGGUGUCUAGCAGGACGGUACUCCAUUGACUACAGGGGCCUUCAAAAUUUAACCAAACCAAAGUUCCUCUCAGUAACUUUAGGAAUUAAAGAGCAACAAAACUACAAAAGCCAAUGCUAAUUUCACUUUACAUUUCUGAAUUUGUGCUAUUCAGAUGGGGGAAAUGUUUCACUCUGUAAAUCAGCUGCUACAGAAAUUCUUUUAUUUAUUCAUUCAGCUUGAUUUAUUCAUACAGGGUACUCCAGUGAGAGCUGUUUUAUUCUUUUUACUGGCCGCCCGGGUACACAGCACAAUAAAAGCAAAAGGCAAAAAUGCAACAUUCAGACAAACAGCACACUUACAAAUAAAAGAUGAGUACAAAAUGGGUAAAUAAAAAUAAGACAUGAAACUACAAACAGAUUUAGGAGAGGAAAGAUUUAUUUGCGUGUCUGUGAAGGUAGCUGGGGACCAAUGAACCAUGUAGGAAUUUGAUGCCAACAUGCCAGGGUGUAGGGUUACUUGUUCUUGUAAUAAGUGUGUUUAAUAUGCUGUCAUGUUAUUGUUAUCUCUGCUUUUGAUUCCCUUUUACUGACUCUAUCGAACAUGCAACACGCUGGUGUAAGGGUAACUUUAUCAUAUUAGGUUAAAAGUGCCUGAUUUUGAGGAAAUCUUGAUUCACCUACUUCAUAUUAUUUUCCAUUUGAACCUUUUAUAUAUAUAUAUAAAUAUAUGUAUAUAUAUAGCGUAAAUGUACCACAAAAGGAACUGGGCUGCUUUGGCUGCCUCCAUGACUCCUUUACUUUCUCCUUCCCACUCUGUGUGUAGGAUCACCACCACUGCAGCCUGCAUGAUGGACCUGCGCCGCUACCCUCUAGAUGAGCAAAACUGCACCCUGGAGAUCGAAAGCUGUAAGUACCGUUGUCCCUGACAACGAAAUGAAAAAAUAUAUAGAACCAUCUGCCGGCCAAGGUAGGAGGACGGCUGAUGAGGCUGCAUGUAAAAUGCUGAGAAAGGCAGAUGAGAUAUCACGAGAUAUGCAUCGAGAAGAGGAACAUCACUAAUGGCUCACUGACUGAUAACAUCCAGCCUAAUUAAUUCAACUCCAGCUGCAGUGGCUUCUCAAGGCAUGGAGGAGCCUGAUUAGGUCCAGUGUUUUAGGGAUGUGCUGAUAGUGGAUGUUCUGUGUUGCUUCUUCCCUGAAAAAUCUGCCUCCAUGUUUGCAGCAUAAAGAGCUCAUUGCACAUGGACUGUACGUGUAAUUGUACGUGAUCUAGUGUUCUCGAGCGGAGGGAGGGAGGGAGGGAAGGAGGGAAGGAGUAACAUGAGAGGGAAAGUCGAGGUCCUCUGCGUGUUUUAUCUGGGUCCCCGGAGAAAAGGAUUAUGGGGCUGGGAUGUGGUGUAGGGCUCAGUCUUUCUGGGUUUGAUCACACCAUUGCCAGCAGCAGUUAAGCUAGCACAAAAAAACAGCGUGGGUCAGAACCUCCUCUAGCUGCUCUUCUCCCAUUAUGCUCUCCAUCUCUAGCCUCAUCACUCCCUCUUCCCAUUCCUCACCCCCUUCCUUUGCACAGUCUCAUCCUCCUUUUCUUUUUUUCUCCCAGCCUUUUUAUCUCUCUCUCCAUCACUCACACUCUCUUUUUUUCUCCUCCUCCUCUCUCAGUCUGCACAACACAAAAUGCACACACACUCCCUCCCUCUCACACACACACACACACACACACACACAGAGAGCUCCGGUUUUGAUCACCAGGCAGUAUCUGCUCUCAUAUGGAUUAACUGGCAAUGGUUUUAACGUUGGAAUCGCUUCAUGCCAGAGCGCGCUAUUUUAUUCAGACUAAUGAGCCCAGAGAACUCGCACUUCCCUUGAUAAACUUGAUGCAUUUUUAACAGACACAAGUCUUAAAACCGCAGAUCCCCCUGACACAUCAGCAGCUCGGUGCUGCAGCUCAGGCCACUGGUCUGCACUGAGCAGUGAUUGAUUUCUACCUUCCAACACUAAAGAUUUAUUGUUUAGCAAUGCAUACAUUUGCAUGCAAAACACACACCCACGUAUGCAUGCAUAUCUCAAGGCUGCAUUGUCUCUCUCUUCACGUCACUCUUGUCGGACUCACAUGACAGCCCAGGAGGAGCACGGUGAUGUAACGCAUUGACAUCUCUCCCAAAACAUACAGAGACAAUGGUCCAGAACUAAUAGAGCUACAAACUGACUGACCACUUAUAUACAGGCCAUAAACACUCCCUUUAUGGUCCUCCUCAUGCCAAAACCCCCCUUUUUCUUGACACUCUCCUGAUCCUAGCCUGUCAUGGCUGAUCAGAACUGAACUGAGCCGUACAUCCAAACGCAGCGUGGUGGACUCGGCUCUAAUUGGGGUGAUGUUGGGUUGCACGAAGCUGUGAUAAUAAUAAUGUAGAUGUGAGGGAGUGCUGACUGUAUCUGCUGGGGUUUAAUUUAAGCCCCAAACAUGUAAGGUCCAUCUCUGCACUACUGCUGUGAUUAGCCAAAUGAUUUCCUCUGUCUCUAAACUAUGAAGAUUAACAAGUCGGAUGAAAAGCUAAUAUUUACCUGAAUAAAUACCAAAGAGAGUUCACUAUUCUUUUUUGUCGGCUGAGAAUCCCAUCAGUCUGCGAUAACAUCUGGUAUGGUUGAAAUCCUCAAUGAUAAGUGAUGGGCUAGAAGCAGAGUAAGGGCCUGUGUCCAUUAUCUGAGUUGGGUUUUUUUUGCCCCUAAAACAGAAUAACAGGCAAAGGCAAAGCAAAACUAUUUCUAUUUGAGGUAAAUUUAUUUUGUAUAGAAAUAAUUUGCAUUUAGUUGUACAUGGAACUUCAAAGUGUUACACACAAGACAAAAAAUGACAAGGUCAGAAAAACACAUCUAAAGAAAAUCAUUUAAAAACUGUAUAAAAAAGAGAUAUAGGCAAAAUCUAAAAAAUCCAGGAAAAAAAAAAACAAAGCCAAGUGAAGACAAAAACAGCAAAAACAUACUGUGAAUAUUCAAAAUACAAGCACAAAAGUUACAGUGCAGUGCAGUAAUAAUUAAAAUUGAAUCUGUAAAGAGUCAGUCUGUGAGGGGCUCAGCAGACCUGACAUAAUCUGGAGUAGUGUUGUAAAUAUUUGGAGCAUAAAGACUAAACGCUGCCUCUCUGUCCCAGAUGUGUCCUAGGUGACCCGAGUGGUCUCGAUGGUUCAAACUGUAUGAGAAGAUCACAAAUGUGUUCUGGACCUAAAUCAUUGUGAGUGCUUUUUAAACCAGCAGAGGAAUCUUCAAAUCUAUUCUGUGAUGACAGUGUAAAGACCUCAGAACUGGACUGAUGUGAUCCACGUUCUUGGUCUUAGCAGUUUUGUGAAUCAGAUGCAGUUGUUUGGUUGAUCUUUUGGAGAUGUUACAGCAACAAAGUCGACAGAUGAUGAAUGCAUGGACCAGUUUUUCCAGGUCCUGCAGGGACACAAAUCCUUUAAUCCUUGACAUAUUCUUCAAUUGAUAAUAGGCAGAUUUUGCUUUUGUCUUGACGUGGUUUUUAUAAUUCAGAUCUGAGUCCAUGACCACACCCAGAUUUCUGGCCUGGUCUGUAUUAUCUGAAGCUGCUUACUGACUUCUAAUGACUCUUCUGACUUCUGCCCAGCUAUUGUGUGCGCAUGUUUUAUGAACCAAAGGAGUCACUCUCAACAACAAUAGAGCACCCAUGUUUUUAUAGCUUCACAAGCUAACAUGCCUAGAAGAAAAAAAGCCCAUGGGUGAAGUUUGCUGCCUGUCCAACCAAAAACAACCCAACAUGAGCAACAUGACUAACUUCACCUUGAAUGUCAGCACCACUGCAACAAAGACAAAUGUGUUAAUUUUUAAAAAUCAAAACCGUAGAGUUUAAUAAUUCAUCUCAUCUGAAUAGGUCACUGCCUCUAUUUUGAGUGUGAGGCAGACACAGCAGAGCUCAAAGCAGGGAGAUGGCUGCUCCCUGUUUGCCUGCAACGUUGUAUGUCAGAAACAGUCUGCAACACUGACUGCGCCUGCGCUGCUUUCCAUCCAUGUGCAAAUAACACAUCAAGCUCCAAAUCUCUGCCGCUCACAGCAACAACAGCAUCAGUCUGGAGUUUUUUACAUCACAGAGAUCUUCCUCACCGUUGUUCACAGUCAUACUAAAUCACCAUAUAUGCAGCGUUACGUCGAAAUAUUUUUACACUGUAAAGCUUUAAGGCAGUCUCUUGGCUUAUUCCCUCUAAGUGACUCACCAAGCAUCAAAGACAUCAUACUUUACAUUACCGCCAGCCAGCCUACAAAGCAAACAAAAAUAGUUCCUUAUUCCUACCUCGCAGUUACAGCCUUUGUUCUGAGUUGAUGUAAGUAGGUUAUUGAAACAAAAUGUAAUUCAUAACUGAGAAGAAGAGCAUGCCUUUUCCUCUGAGUGCAAACUCUUGUUUGUGUUAGUGAUGCAAUUCAAGAAACUGUUUUAAAUACCACUGAAAUACAAGACAUGAGAAUCUGCACCAUCUUGAAGUCAAAGCAAUGAUUUUAGGAAACAAAAGAUAUUAAAUGUAGGAUAAGCCAACAUGAAACUUCAUGUCGUUUUUGUUUUUGUAUAGACUGAAAGAUACGCAAGUAAUGUUUGCAUUGAAACACACCAUAAAGAAAGCAGUCCAUAAACAUACUUCUAUAUUUUCAUGCAUUUUAAAUGUUUUGUUUGUCAGAUAAGCUGAGAUGAGUGUUCACUGUCAGAUGUGGAACCAAUUUCAGGUCAUUUAAGUGGGUUUUUCAUUGGGUGCUAAAAUAAAAGUGAAUCACCACCUGUCUUGAGGAUGGGAAAGUAUCCUGAGACACCUCUUUAAAGUUAACAUAUUUUCUUUUUCGAAUAUUACAGAUUAGAAAAAAAAACAUCUUUGAUAGAUUUUCAACUCCUGUUACACAACAAAGCAUUUUCAGUGGUUUGCUUGAUUAUUUUUCAUUUUUAACUUUCACCAAAAUAUUUAAAGUGGAACAAUUAUUUGAGCAACAAUCUAAGUGUGAAAUACUGCAUUUACGUUAGACAACAGCCUUUCCCCCAAUCCAACUUUAAUUUGUACAUAACUAAACUAAACAUGUUGGAUACACUCUUACGUAAGAGUGCAAGUCUUAUUUUGUUAUUUAAAUUAAUAUUGUCAAAGUAUUUCAGAUAUUUUUUUAUAUAUUUUACAUUAUUACCUAUUUAUUACCUCUGUAUUUGAUACUUCCUAUUUUUUUCUCCUUUUUCUUAUAUUCUGUGUAAGAGCGACUGCAAUACCUGAAAUUUCUUGCAGCCUUUGAUGAAGUGUGUCCGAUUCUGAAUCUGUCAUUGCUCCUCUCUGCAGAUGGUUACACCACAGAUGAUAUCGAGUUUUACUGGCGAGGUGGAGACGGUGCGGUGUCUGGAGUGGACAGGAUAGAGCUGCCACAGUUUUCUAUAGUGGACUAUAAACUCCUCUCGAAGAACGUGGUCUUCUCAACAGGUACGAAAUAUUUCAACAUUGACCUUUUGAUGUUUACAAGAUAUGAAGGAAAGGAACGUCAAUUUAAUCAGGAAACAUGAUACAAAAGUUUGAUGCAAAAAAUAAAGAACAAAGGAGAAUGUAGCUUUCAUUGGCUGCCAUUAUAACAAACUACUUCUCUUCUUCUUCCCCUCUCCCCGUGCCUCCUUCAGGUUCCUACCCCCGCCUGUCCCUCAGCUUCAAACUGAAGAGGAACAUUGGUUACUUCAUCCUGCAGACAUACAUGCCUUCCAUCCUGAUUACCAUCCUCUCUUGGGUCUCCUUCUGGAUCAACUAUGAUGCUUCUGCUGCCAGAGUGGCCCUGGGUAGGAUUGCCUUGCCGCUGCUGCACAGUGACCCUGAGAAAUAACCCAAAGCUAAAUAACAACAGAGCAUAAAAGAGCUGUUUAGCAGACAUGGAGCCCUUUACAUGCGCUAUACAUGUAAACAUUAAUGUGUGUGUCAUGAUCCCAGCUGUGACUCUUUAUUUCCCAGCGUUUACUUGUCCUCUCAUUAGCUCUAAGCAUGUGAGUGAUAGCAGUGUGUGAUAGGCUGCCUGGCUAAAUGUCUGUUGUUCAGAGAUGACUAUAUGCAUGACUCAUGCAGAGCGAGAAGCGCGGCGGCUCGACCUUGAAGCGUGCUGUCUUUCUAUCUCUGCCUGUCUGUCCAUCGAAGCCUCUCAUUGGUCGAGAUUAUCAGAGCCAGAUCUCUGCUUAAUUACAGCCAAAUGCAAUUUGGAAACAACCCUCAAAAACACCUCAAAUGUAAGAUUUCAUGUUUUUACAAUAGUGAAGCUGCCUUGUAUGUUUAUCUGGGCUAUUACAGGUCAGAGCUGUAGACAGCAUUGCUUUAAGUGUCCUGUGUGUGGUUCUUGUCACACAUCAUUUGUUUUGUGGAGUGGGACACAUGCAGUUUUGAGCCCCGGACAGUGUAUUUGGAGGGUAACGUGAUUUAAAGAUCUGCCUCCUUCCAGCGUCCCGAGAACGUGCAGUCAGCUGGCUGCAGCCAGUGAAAGACAAGGCUCCAUCCUACAGUGACACUGCUGGCUGAUGGGUUAUUUAUAAUACGUGUGAAUCUGACUGAAUGCAGAUUGUGCAUGCAGAUGACAUUUGCGUCAAACUCAUUGUGUGUAUGUCAAAAAUCAGGUGAAUCGUGCUGUGACUAAUAACAGAUGUUUACAGUGUUGAUGUUGUGCUUUUUUUAUAGAGCCUGCAGUUUGUUUCAUGUCCAUCUGGAUACAUUAUUGGGCUUCAAUCUCACUGACAUGCAACACAUACACACACACACACACACACACACACACACACACACACACACACACACACACACACACACACACACACACACAGUUUUAGUCCUCAGAGGUUUCGAUCUUUCAUACAUAUGGGUUCACAUUCUGUCUGUUUGCUAUAAAUAUGUGCUGUAUAAUGCAUGUCAUGAACAUGAAAGCAUACUGUUAUUAACUCAUAACCUCAUUUCCUUUCAAGAUGAACACCUGAUCUCAGAUGUUUUGAUGUCAGGAUAAUUCGCAUGAAACAAGACUAAAUGUUUCAUCUACAUUAGACAGUCUGCGGCUUCAUGGCAAAUAGAUUUUUGACAUAUCAUUGUGGUCAUUAUGGACGUAUGUGAAGUUGCCUGACUGAGAUUAAAGGAGUUUUGGGAUUGUUUGCAGGAAGAAGCUUUUAUCCCUCAAUCCUGAAAUAUUUGAUGAAAUAUAAAGUGUAGAAAUGUACACUCACCUUUUUUAAGGUGGCCAAGAACCACCACUGCUGCAAAUAGAAAAGAAUGGUGCAGAUAAAAAAAAAAAAAAAAGCCACAACGGAAGUUAACGACGCAAAGAUAGUGGCGAUGCAAAAAAAAACAAAAAAAAAAAAGGAAGUAAAGACGAGCAGAGAAAAGAAGUAAAGCAAAGAAGUAAGUGUAAAGGUUAUUGUUAAAUUUCACUUUGUGUGCUUUUCAAUGAGUCGUUUGGUCAGGCCAUGUAGCACCGGAGUCUUUAUGAAGUUGAACUGGAGGAUGCCGGUGUAGCAUUAGCUUCAGUUCAACUUCCUUUGGUCAGGCGCAACAUGGCCAGACCAAAUGACACAGUGAAAAGCACACGAAGUGAAAUUAAACAAUAAACUUUCCACUUACUUCUUUUUUCGUCUUCUUGCCAUCGUCUUCUGUGCCUAGAUUGAAAACACCGGUGCAUUAUCAUUAUUGGUCCUCAGCAGCUCACUUCUAUUGUGGCUUUUUUUAUUUGCAUCCUUUUAUUUUUGCAGUAAGUAACUCUUCUUUUUGCGUCAUUAACUUCUGUUGUGGCUUUUUUUAAUCUGCACUGUCGCAUUUUUUAUUUGCAGUGGGCUUAAGUUUCUUUAUUUUGCAUUGGUAACUUCCAAUGUGACUGCUUUUUUUUAUUUGCAGCAGUGGUGGUUCUCGGCCACCGUAGUUUUUAAUGUCAGCUGCAAUUGCGGACAGUAUGCACAAUCCUGUAGACACAAAGUCAUUUUAGAGUUUUCAUCCGUACUAGCUGUGCUUUGGAUUACUCACAGGGAUGGUUCAAACAUGAUUAUGAAAGCAGGUAUUCACUUCUCUGUGUUUGCCAUCUUAGUUUUACAUGCUCCCAUGCUAACUCUUUCCAGCUCGUACUGAAUUCAAGGUGGGUUGAAGGAAGCUGAUAGAAGGGUGAUGUAGUAACUCAGUUAUGAUAUGUUGAGAAAAACUUUCUGCCUCCAUGAGCAGCAAAAGUAAAAGUACAGGAAGUUGGCAGGAUUCAGCCUCUGGGGAUCAUGAACUUCUGUACAAAUACUCAUGUUAACCCAUCUCUAAGGUGAUGACGAAUUUUGGACUUUGAUUUCAACACUAACCCUUUUUACUACAAGUACAGGUUACAUUGAAAUACUUUGAGCCUGUGGUCUUUUUCAUCUGAAGCUGCUCUUUACUUUGUUUUUGUUUUUUUUAACCUGUGACCUGUGGUAUCCAGGGAUCACCACGGUGCUGACUAUGACCACAAUCAACACCCACUUGCGAGAGACACUCCCAAAGAUCCCCUACGUCAAGGCUAUUGACAUGUACCUGAUGGGAUGCUUUGUGUUUGUCUUCCUGGCCCUGCUGGAGUACGCCUUCGUCAACUACAUCUUCUUCGGCCAGGGCCCGCAGCGGCAGAAGAAGGCGGCUGAGAAAGCGGCCACGGCCAAUAACGAGAAGCUGAGACCCGACCCCAACAAGGUACAUGUGCAGGCUGCAUUUGUCCAGAAGUAUCUGUGCUGUCGGUAGAUAUGUGUGUGUUUGUUUCUGUGGGAGCAAAUGACUGGUUCUUCUCUCAAGGCCAAUGUGAUGCUGUGAUCAAUGCUUUAUGUCUUUUACCAGCACUGUUAACUCUGCUCUAGCUCUCCGUUCCCACUGGUUUAGCCUGUGUAUCAUCUUUAUUACUUGGACUAGGAUCUGACGGAGUGAAUGCAGAAGCAAUGAUUGGCUUAUUCUUUAUCUCCAUAUUUCUGUGUCUCUCAAAGGGCAAGGUGUCUUGGAAAAAUCACACGCUGUGGUGCCAAAGCCUUCCCUUUACAUUUUUAUUCAGCUGCUAACGCUAGCAGGAACAACAGCAAUUUUAAAAUUAAAAACACCCUUUCCUUCUGAGUGUGGCAAGCUACGAUUUCCCCUAAGUAACAGUGCUGAUUUUGUAUGCUUGCAGUGGCUGGUGGGAAAUGUAAUUCAGAGAGAUGAUGCUCUGUAUGCCAGAAUGAAAAAGAGGGAAAUUGACGCAUAUGACUCGAUGUGGGAUCCCAUCUUUGUGGACGAUGCCGCAUUAGGACUAGGCGAGCAAAGAAAUAAGGUACUGGAGGUUUUGAAAGUCAAAACUAACAAUGUCAUCAAUCUGAAUCAAUCCAGAUCAGAGGAAAAUGCUGUAGUUUUUGUGCAUUUCUUUGAUUUCUAUAGAUUUUUUAAGGCAACUUUGAUCAUCACUCCCACCAUUGUGUUUUUUCCCUCUCUUGGUUUGCUCUUCAUGCAUUUUCCUGACAAACAUGGCUUAGCAGUUUUAUUUCUGCAAGCAUUUGUUUAAUCUGAACUUGGGCUGUAAAUCUAAAUCAAUGGGAAAUGAAAACAAAUACGACAAGAAAGAAGAAACAUCUCUAGUUUCUUUUGAGAUAAACUGAUUUAGUUACAGUAAAUGCUGUAAAAUCUCAGAGGCAAUUGAUAACUCUUGAGACCAAGUGAAGCAAUUAACAAAAAAAAAAGGAUGUCAGAUAAGCAAAAGAGAUUUGCAGUUUGAUGAAUAGUGUCAAAAAGGUGGCUUUGCUUCAAAGUGAGUUACACAAAAAACACACACAAAAGAAAAAAGAACAAGCUCCAUUUACAGCGGGACAGGAUUGGAUUUUAGGGACGUUUUUCACCAGAAGUCAGGCUAUGGAUGAAGAAAUGUUGAUCCGAAUUCACUUCCCACAACGUCUUUUCCUGACCUGCCCCGAACCUUUUUAGCCUUUCCUCCAUCUUUGCAAAGUCCUUACUAUAUUCUCUCAACCUUCUCCUGUCACAUUUUUUUCCUUUUGCUUUCUUUUUCUUUUUUAAUUCAGUUUGUCUUGUGAAUCGACAGAAUUUUAACCACAUGCUGGUUGAAAUUCUGAGAUGACAAUGAAGAUUUCUCCAUGAGAAUUAGUUUGUGGAGUGCGUUGUGCCCCUCCAGGAAUGUUACCUCAUAGUCUUGUGGUUGUAUUAUCACUCUAUUGAUUGACAGAUGAUCAAUGAUUUAUCUGGUAAUUUUUCUCAAAUAUCCUAACAACCUCGUAACUGUAAGUAAAAAUUUUUAAUCAUUUGCAUUACUCAUUUUAGCACCUCAUCAGUAUUUUGACUCAGCUAAUGAACGACUUUAGCUCUACUUGUUUCUAGUCAUAGUUUCAACUUUAGGUAGACACUUUAGGUUUUCCGUUGGCAGUAACUUCUCAUGGCUCCACCUGUUUUUACGCCCUCACACAGAUGACCCCUGACGACAACAUCCUCUUCAGCACCCUGGAGAUGAAGAAUGAGAUGGGUGGUGCUGGGGAUCUGUCCCGGGGCCUGGGAGCACCCGGAGACCCCCGUAACACCAUGCUGGCCUAUGAUAGCUCAACGCUGCAGUACCGUCGGGCAGCCAUGGCCCGCCAGAACUAUGGCCAUAGCGCGUUGGAGCGCCACGCUCAGAAGAAGUCACGUCUACGACGACGGGCCUCCCAGCUCAAGGUGAAUAUCCCAGACCUGUCCGACGUGAACUCUAUCGAUAAGUGGUCCAGGAUGAUCUUCCCCACUGUCUUCUCCUUCUUCAACGUUGUCUACUGGCUCUACUAUGUCCAUUAAACCAGGUGGCGUCUGGCGGCCAGCUUUGUGGCAUACAAAGAAGAGAGGGGGAGAGGGGUAUUUAGAGAGGAUGAGAUAAAUCUAGUGAGAGUGUGAGAGGAUGUGAGAGAGACAGAGUGAAAGAUGAACAGUGCACCAACUUUUUUAGCUGGUUCAUUUUAGAACAAGUGAAGAGGAUGCAAAGACUUUUGGAUGGACUGCAGCAGCACCCAACACGACAGUCAGCAGUGACUCUUUUAGGAUUUGGGAAACACCUUAAAAACGACUGAAAAACACUCGAAAAAGAAGAGCGGGUUUUAAAAAGACAGAAAUGGUGCCUGUUCCAGAAUUUCAAUAUAUCACUAAUAUUUGUCAUUCGUAGCUUAAUCUCUGUGGAUCAAAUAUUUAUGCUUGUGUUUGCAUAUACUUUAAGGAUUUGUUUUGUUUAGUAUCUAUUUACUUCGUAGCCGAGCUGUCUGCAUCCAGGAAAGCUUUAUAAAUGAUUUUAAAGGAGUCAUCCUUGAUAGUCUAUUUUCCUAUAAUUACUGUAUAUCAAAAACAUCCUUUAAAAGCAUGCUUAUGUUUGAUUUCAUUUGCAUCUCAGUCAUUAUGAUGAUGAUGAUGAUGGAGCGCAAAGUAUUUUACUUUUUCUCGUGGAGGUUGGUCUGUCAGUUACCAUUCCGCAGCUUUGGCUUAGCACGGCACACACCUGGUGGAUUCAAGCCUCGCUGGAUGACAACAGGUGGACAGCAGGGGGCGCUCAUUUCUCUGGACAUCUCCACCGGGCUGUUAUGGUGCCAAUGCUGAAAAGAAAAGGUGAAUUCAUUUGUUUAAAAAGGUAUCAUUUUAUUUGGUAAGAGAGUGGGACUGAUGGACACUGAUGCUUUGACCAAGUUUAUGUUUUUUUUGCUUUUGCUGUGCUGACAAAAUCAAAUCCAUUUCACCAUGUGUUAUUUUUUUAAAGAGAACAUGUGACUCCUCCGUACUUUCUGCCAUUGUGUGAGGAGGCAGAGAAUGGCUUUAACACGACUUAAGCUGGUGUAAGAACUUUGCUGUUAGAUGAGCUGAGUUUCAUUGCAACCAGAGUUGCUGCAUAAAUAUGGCAAUCCACAAUCAUCAUUAUCAGUAGAUUUGAAUGAUAGAAGUAUGAUGCGUUUCAUUGUGAUUAGGUUUCUGUUUUGAAAAACUGUAGAUAAACAUAAAAAUCAUAUUUAAAGAAAAAAGAGAUGAUUCAUUUUUAUAAAUCAAUACUCACAUUAUUGUGUAAAUAUUAUGGAUUUAUUCUAUUUAAAUGGGUCUCUGUUGUUGUUUUUGCAGUUGAAUUACAGAUCAAAUGUUUCAUUCAUUGGAGAAAAAAAGAAAAGAGCAAUUUAACUGAGGAAAAAGAAAAACACAAUUCACAACUUUGCUGACUCUGUACUUUUGGGACUUUUCUCUCUUUUCUUUCUUUUUAAUGGACUUUAAAAGCAUCUACUUGCUGAAACUGAAGCACUUCCAGACACCAGUGACUUUUGGGUCAAUGUUUUGUUCUCCUGAAAUGACUAAACAAGGACCCCACUAUCCAGGCAUUGAAGUCAGGCAUAUUUUGUACAAAGUUUCUGUAAAUUCCAAUUGUAAUAUUUCAUAAUGACUGUAAAUAUCUUGUGUAAUGAUUGUCAGCAAUUAUGAAGAUGUAUCUAAAUUCAAUUAAAACUCAAUUCAGUCUAUCACUUCAAUAACAGAGUA